UGUCCUGAAUGUGGAAAGUGUUUUAGUGAGAAAUCAAGUCUUAUUAAACACCAGAGAAUUCACACAGGAGAUAAGCCAUUUUCAUGUCCUGAAUGUGGGAAGUGUUUUAGUCACAAAUCAACUUGUGAUAUACAUCUGAGAACUCACACAGGAGAGAAGGCAUUUUCAUGUCCUGAAUGUGGAAAGUGUUUUAGUGAGAAAUCAAAUCUUAUUAAACAUCAGAGAACUCACACAGGAGAGAAGCCAUUUUCAUGUCCUGAAUGUGGAAAGUGUUUUAGUGAGAAAGCAAGUCUUAUUAAACACCAGAGAAUUCACACAGGAGAUAAGCCAUUUUUAUGUCCUAAAUGUGGGAAGUGUUUUAGACACAAAUCAACUUGUGAUAUACAUAUGAGAACUCACACAGGAGAUAAGGAAUUUUCGUGUCCUGAAUGUGGAAAGUGUUUUAGCUACAAAUCAUAUCUUGAUAAACAUCUGACAACUCACACAGGAGAGAAGCCAUUUUCAUGUUCUGAAUGUGGAAAGUGUUUUAGUGAGAAAUCAAGUCUUAUUAAACACCAGAGAAUUCACACAGGAGAGAAGCCAUUUUCAUGUCCUGAAUGUGGGAAGUGUUUUAGACACAAAUCAACUUGUAAAGACUGGAUAACAGGUUUCCAUAGAUGUCUAAUUUUAUCGCCUUCUUAUAAAGUAGAAGAUAAUACAUCACAGAUUGUCAAUAAUAGCACUGGACAUAGACUGGGUGAAAUGUCUGAACAUUCACAAAGAUGA